AUUAAAAAUGGCUGACGAUUAAACAUCCUAAUCAGAAACUACGAUUGUUUUCAUAGAUGUUAUUGAACUCCACAGUAAUCUCAAUGACCAAGGGUUUUGAAUGAAUAUUAAUAUAUAAAUGAAAUUUUAAAAUGGGCUCACAUAUACUUGACGUCCUUCGCCAGGGAAUAUGGGCGUCAUUAACUGGAGGCUGGUUUUUCGACCCCCACCUCAGUAUUUUCAUCAACACAUUUCAUCUGUAUAUAUGGAUGUUGCUGCUCGCUCUACCAUUCAUUUUGCACUUGACCCUUUCCCCCACAUUUAUUGUGUGGACAAUCUACUGUGCUGUGAUUGGAGUUGUAUUUGCUGUGCUCAAGUUUUUCAACUAUCGUCUUCACCACAUGUUUGAUACUUGCGAGGUUAUAGAGGAAGUCAGUGACAAAACCAAAAGGGAAGAUGUUAACACUGAUGGUGUUAUAUAUAGCAUUCAGCCUGACAGAGAUUUGAGUCAAACUCCUGUGGGGAUCUUCAAGCUUGGCAGCACCGGCGAGGCAAUUGAGAUGACUGAAAUGGGUACUAGUGCCAAAACAGAGGUUUCCUCCUCUGCUGAGACAAGAACUGGAGAGACCAGAGGAGAUAACCAGUCCGAGCAUGGCAGAAAAAGAACCUCAGAGUCAGGUAUACGGCGAAGAUCCAUUAGAGAAGGAAAAGCUCGGGUAGGAAAAGAAAGUCUGGAGGCACCACUGGCUGAGAUGGACAGAGACGAGAUGGAGAUGCGAGGUGUGGGGGCAGCCAAUAGGCGACUAAAACACCAGCACAGCCACACUGACGAUGAAGAUGAAGACACACCAUCAGAUCCAGAUGAGGAACUGAGUGUACCCAACACAAUCACUACAAAAGCUGAUGUGGAAGCCGAGCCCUCCGAUUGUCAGUUGAGUCUCCCAGAUGACAACCUGCCCUCACCAGACGUCAAGUCUCCCACAGGUGACAGCCUGCCCUCACCAGACGUCAAGUCUCCCACAGGUGACAGCCUGCCCUCACCAGACGUCAAGUCUUCCACAGUUACAGACUCAAAGCAUUCCUGUGAUGGAGACCUCAGUGAAGUGACUCCCAAACACAUAAACGGACCGAAAGUUCGGAAGCCCCGACGCCGACGUAGGGAGGUGGUAUCAAGAGCUAAAAGUGCCGUGGAAAAGAUACAUCAUUCAUCAGAGUCUCAACAUUCCGUCGACUGCGCCAUCCAUUCUCGUCCCUCUCUUUCAGAACAGCCUAAGUUAGACUCAGUGAUUAAUAAAGACACUGGGGUAAGCAUAGUGCGUCCCUGGAGUGACCAGACUAUAUGUAGGACCAAACAAAUGAUGGAAAAUGAGAUAACCGUCAUAGAUCUGGAAGUUAUGAACAAUGUGGCUAAGGCCUACCGAGCUAAAAAUGCAGGUAGAUCACAGACUCCUUGUAAUAUUGACACAGAUUCAGGCAUCUCCAGUCAAAAAGAACCUUUCAAAAAGCUAAAUCCUGAGUAUGUAUGUGGGUUUGGUUCAAGACAUAGUGAAAGUGUGAAAUCACAGAGUAAAUUUUGCAAAAGUUCAGAGGAAGGUGAGAAUCAGAUGUCAGUAUCCAAAUCGGAUUCAGAAUCUAUCUUAAAACAAAGUGUGUGCAAGGAUACACAUAUUUCAAGGGAGGAAGCAAAAGGUGUGGUGUCCAAAUCAGAUACAGAAGACUCACUUCAUGAGCUUAGGAGUAAGUUAGAUUUUAAAAGAAAUGCAAUAAGUGAAGAGAGAACUAGUUCAGAGAAAGUGACUCCAAGCAAGACCUCUAGCCACCCUUCAAUUAAAUUAACUUCCAGUGCUUACAUAUCAGAUACAAGUAGUGAUUCAGACUCGGAUUUAAGUUAUGGUGAAGUAUUCAUUCCAGAUAAAAGUAAAGUGAAGGAAAAUCUAAAUGAAAAAUCACUUAAGAAAACAACUUUUAAUAAAGUGAAAAAGAGAUCAAAACCUGAUACAAACAAACCAAGACCUAAUAGUGUGGAAAUUAUUAAGUCAAACUCAUUUCAUGGUGGUAAUAGUAAUGCUAUACAUAAAACAAGAAUGAAAAUACACUCUAGUCCUACUUUACAUUCAAACACUAACAACACAGGGGAUAAACUUAAGGAUGUUGGAUUUGCACGGGUGAGCAAGAUGCUUGCUCGUGCUGCCAGUGAAGCGACAGGGAGUGCACGUGGCUCACAGAGUCAUACACCUACAGGAAACUCCCAGCAGAGUAGCGUUAUAGGACUGGACUGGCUCUUUAGCACAGACAGUGACUCUUCAGAUUCCAGAUCUCAUCGUGGCCAUGACACAGAUAGUGUAACUACCUCUUCCAACUCUUUAGACGAUAGUUUCUAUAGCAACCCAGACACCCAGCACACAGAAUACUCUGUUCCUGACCAUGACACAGCAACUUUUCCUGGCAGAACUGACCUUGACCCCAGCUCCAAUCAAGUUGGACAAUUGUCUGUUUGUGAACUGGAACGUGCAGUUACUACCCCGGGCAGCAUUGACCUUGAUCCCAGCUUUGAUCCUUGCAGUGUCCACUUUGACUCCAGCUUGGAUCAUGGCAGCGACCUUGACAAACAGGAGAGACACCUCUCAGAUAUUGAACUGGACCUGACAAAUCACGUUGAUGGUAAAAAGUGUACAGAAGGGAGUGUAAAAGAUAAAACUGAAAAUACUGAAAAGAACUGCAAUAUGAAUAUGAACAAAAAUGGAAAUUCUGAUUCAGAUAUUCCAGGAAAUGAGGCUGAGGGAUUAAAAGAUGACUCAGGGAGCGAGGCAGAGGGGAGCGAGUUAGAGGGGAGUGAGGUGUCAGACGGAGAGGUUGAGCUUCCAUUGGGAUCCACAGAGUCUGAUUCUCCUGGUUCUCUGGCCACCGAUGAGCUGGAGACAAUGAGAAGGCAGGGAGCCAUUCCGAAACACUUCAACAAGCCCCUCCCACCCAUACCAGACCAGGCCACUAAGGAAGAUACAGUGGACACAAAGGCAUCAAGCCCUGCAUCAUUUGACCUGUCUGACCCCGAAGAGUUCCACAGGAAACUCAUUGAAAUUCUUAAUGAGCCGCUAGAAACAUCCACUGAGCAGUUGAAACGAUUCAUGGCUGUCAUGGAAACUAAAAAAAAUAAGAGCAGCUCUUUGAGAAGCAAAACAGAAAAAGAAGACAAGAGUGUGAGUGCUGGGGAGACAAGCUUGUGUCUGACAGGGGCAGAUAAUCAGGAGGAGGACGAGAAAAAGUCUAAUGAGUCUAAACCAGUCACACCAACCGAGAUAUCAAGUCUGCUUCCUGACAACAAGCAGUCACAGAGAGCAGGGGUCAACAGACUGGCACGCAAACCUGUCAAGAAGCGUCGUCAAGGUCAAAAUCGUCCAGAAAAGGCUGGGUUGCCGGGGGUGAUGGUAGAUGACAGCUCGCACAUCGCAGAAACCCAUGAGGACACGACAGAUGGUGCCACACACCUCUUUCAGGACACAGAUGGUAACUGGUAUUCAUAUACAUUUGGCGAGAGCACGACUGGUGUUGCCACUGUAUUGGCAGAUAUCAAGGAGGUCAAGAAGAAAUCAGAAGAUAGAUGGAGUUCCUCCUCAUGUGAGUCAACGUCAAUGGUUGUGUUAAACGAGGAACAGUUCCCAUUGGAUGAUCUGCACAUGUCACAUGACCUUCGUUUACCGGGUUCUGUUGACAUUCGACCCCCACGGGGUAUAUUGCAGGCAUAUGUUGACCAGCUGCUGGAAAACGGACGUCGGUUUGACUCGUCAGAUGACACGGACUCCAAGGACACUCGUUCCGUGGAUGUCCCACACACAAAACACUUUUACAAGUUCCAGCUCAUGCCCUUCCUUAAGAAAACCUUCCUCAAGAUAUACUUCGAUAGAUUGGCACUUUUAGCCCUCCUUGAUAGGAACCUGUCUGUGAUAGAGAAUGUGAUAGCCGUACUGAUGGCCGUGUUGGUGGGCGCACUUGGCGGCCUUGUGCUUGCGCGUGACUUUUACGUUGACAUUCCCAUGUUCCUCUUUUGUUUCGUGCUUGCGGGAUGCCAGUAUUCCCUUGUGAAGAGUGUACAACCGGACGCUGCCUCCCCUAUGCAUGGAUACAACCACCUGAUUGUGUUCAGCCGUCCAUUCUACUUCUGUGUGUGUUCUGUCCUCAUGCUGGUGUUGGAUGACGCGGUGAAGACCACCAGCCCUCACACUGUGUAUGUGUAUGGCCUGCCCUUUACCACCACCACUGCCCUCGCCCUUGCCAGGGAUUUUCUCAAAGUGUUCCUCCUGUGUCUACCAGCAGUGUUCACGAUCGGCCUACUACCUCAAGUGAACACAUUCUGCAUGUUUGUGCUCGAACAGAUAGAUACUCACAUGUUCGGAGGGAAUGCGACAGUAAGCCUGAUGUCAUCAGUGUACUGUAUGUGCCGUAGUCUCCUGGCCGCAGGGUUUCUCUUUGUAAUCUGCUACCUUACCCUCAUACAGCUUGGAAAGAACAUAGUAGACGAGCCAGAUGCAUGUAAGAACCCAGAGUUUGCCCAGACGGCCGCGUUCUCCAUCUACUGUGCUGUCCUGGUGGCCAUUUCACACCACCUCAGUCGCUCUGCUGCUGAUCCAUCUGUCAAAUGGCAGCUGUUGAAGGAUGUUAUGCUAGGCAGACGGGGCGGGGAGCAGAUCCCCAAGUCUGAGGGGACAACGGGAGAUAGUGAGGAACUGGAGGAUCCCCUUCCGGAGAAGAUGAAAAACUGUGUGAGUGAGCGUUUGCAGUCUGACCUGUUGAUCAGCAUCGUGAUUAUGAUCCUGUCCUUCGCCAUCCAUGUUUCCACUGUCUUCAUACAGCCACACCUGGAUGUGAUCCUGUACCUGACAGUGUCAGGAUUUGGUUUCCUCGUGCACUACAUGCUGCCCAUGUUAAGGAAGGAGAUGCCAUUCAUGUGCUGCUCACAUCCCCUGCUCCAGAGUGAGGAGAGAAAUAUGUAUGAGGCAAAUGGUCCAGCAAAGAUCAUGUGGUUUGAGCGUGUGUACAUCUGGUUUAGGUUUGUGGAGCGUAAUGCCAUGUACCCCUUGGUCGUCUUGUGUGCCUUGACCCGCUCCGUGCCCGAUGUCGUCUGCAAGUUUGGAGACUAUUUUGGUCCCCUGGUGCUGACGGUGUGCUCCUUGAAGCUACUGCGGUUUGCCUUCUCUAACACACCCCGUCAGCACAUGAUCCUAGCCUUCACUGCCCUCUUCUUCAAGUACGACAUGCGCUGGGCCUCCGAAACCAUGAUCAUUGACUACUUCUUCAUAUCUAUCAUCUUUAUGAAGUUUUGUGACCUGUAUCUGAAGAUGAAGUUCAUUAUCAUAUACAUUGCUCCCUGGCAGAUCACCUGGGGGUCCGCCCUACAUGCCUUCGCCCAGCCAUUCAGUGUGCCUCACUCUGCCAUGUUGUUUCUGCAAGCGGGGGUAUCGGCAUUCUUCUCAACACCACUCAACCCGUUCCUGGGCAGUGCCAUUUUCUUCACGUCUUAUGUACGUCCUGUCAAGUUCUGGGAGAAAGACUAUAAUACAAAACGUGUGGACCACAGCAACACAAGAUUGUCCCAACAGUUAGAUAGAAAAAAUACAGGAGCAGAUGACAACAACUUGAACUCCAUAUUCUACGAGCACCUGACGCGCUCCCUACAGCACAGCCUGUGUGGUGACCUGCUUAUGGGGCGCUGGGGAAAUGCAGAGCAGGGGGACAUCUUUAUCAUGGCCUCCGACUCACUAAACGCCCUCGUACACAUCAUAGAAAUGGGAAAUGGAGUGGUCACAUUCCAGCUGCGAGGACUCGAGUUUAGAGGCACCUACUGUCAACAGCGGGAAGUCGAGGCUAUCACAGAAAGUGUUGAAGAUAAUGAAGAUUUUUGUUGCUGUCACCCGGGCCACCUGCCCCACUUCCUGUCCCUCAAUGCGGCGUUCAGCCAGCGAUGGCUGGCGUGGGAGGUGGUUGUCACCAAGUAUGUCCUAGAAGGCUACAGUAUCUCGGACAAUAAUGCAGCGUCCAUGGUCGGGGUGUUUGACUUCCGCAAGGUUCUCAUCAUGUACUAUGUCCAGAGUAUCAUCUACUACACUGUGCGAUCACCGCGUCUCGAACAGUGGCUGGAGAAUCCCACAAUUCUUGAGGCCCUUGAAAUAGUUGCUGAUGAUGACUACUGUGACGUGGACCUGACAUUUUCUGUACACGUUGAUGAUGAUUAUGACUCACAGAACUCUGGCAUCUCCCGAAAAAGCUUCUGUAGCCGACACCUGGACUGGAUACAGUACUGCACCUCGAGGAGAGAAAAGGCUGUAGAGUGUAGACGGGAUUCGCCUCUGGUGUCGCUGUGUUUUGCCCUCAGUCUUCUCGGCAGGAGGGCCCUCGGAAAUGCCUCACAUAAUAAUGCCUCUGCAAGUGUGGAGUUCUUCCUGUACGGCCUACAUGCGCUGUUCAAGGGGGAUUUCCGAAUCACCUCUUCAAGGGACGAGUGGGUUUUUGCUGAUAUGGAGCUGUUAAGGAGGGUCGUGGCCCCCGGCGUCCGUAUGUCUCUCAAACUGCACCAGGACCACUUUCUGUUGUCUGAUGCUUAUGAGACGGAGGAAGCGCUGUAUGAUGCCAUCAGCGAGUACGAGACCAACCUAGUCAUCUCCCACGAAGCUGACCCUGCCUGGCGUAACGCUGUACUCUCCAAUACCCCCUCACUCCUUGCUCUCAGGAAUGUAUUUGACGAAGGCUCAGAUGAAUACAAAAUCAUAAUGCUGAAUAAGCGAUUCCUCACUUUUCGCAUUGUCAAGGUGAACCGUGAGUGUGUUCGAGGUCUGUGGGCGGGCCAACAGCAGGAGCUUAUCUAUCUCCGGAAUCGUAACCCAGAACGCGGCAGCAUCCAAAAUGCCAAACAGGCCCUUCGAAACAUGAUCAACUCAUCAUGUGACCAGCCAAUCGGAUACCCCAUAUAUGUGUCCCCUCUCACAACAUCUUAUUCAUCCACUAAUGAACAGUAUUCCUCUGUAGUUGGAGGCGAGUUCAUCAUUGACAAUGUGCAAAGGUUCUUUAAAAAUGCCUGGCAAAGCUUGAGGCAACACUGUGGGGCCUCCUGUUCCUCAGGCAGCGUAGCUUUUGGUGAGGGUGACAUCCCAUAUAGCUGUACCCACCAGGCGGCCGCAGCAGUACUCGGGCAGGGAGGGAGGGGCUGCGGACCACCAACCACUCCCGGCAGUAACCCUGGGGACCUAGCUCUCACCACCCGCGGUAAUAGGGGCAGUCUCAUAUCAACAUCUAGCUCAGCCACAGGGAAGCCCCGUACGUCCCUGCUUGCUAACCUGAUUGCAGAGGAGGAGAAAAAAAUGCUCAGUAAAGACACUGUGAUACUCAACCAGAGGGUCAAGAUAACAGAUGUGAGCUGUAUCUUUGAAAAUAUUAACCUGGGUAGACGAAUAGACGUCCAGUGGCCGCAGAUGGAGUGGCGUAACAAUGGGGGUGUUAAUGCCUGGGGUUCUUGGUCCCCUGCAGUGGGGAUGGAGGGAACAGUGGUUCACCGCUGGAUACCAUGUCACUGGGAUGUAGUGCGUCGCUCACAUGUUGACAAGACAAUCCUGCUCGUGCAGAUCGGGGACCGGUAUGUCCCCAUAGGGGAAUCCGGUGUUACGCCUGUUAAUGUAAUCACAGAAGUCUGCUAAUUUUAGCAUAAAGGUGACCAAUACGGCAAUAGUCAAUAGUUAUAGAAUCGUGAGGUGACACGUGUAAGCACAGACGUCUGUUUAGGAGGAUGCCGCAUACAUUUCCUCAGCAGAUACUACAGUGAACUUCAUAGCUCAACUCAUUGUUAUGUAACACUUCUCAGCAACGACGUCUGUUUGAGGAUGGGCGAAGGGGGCAGGUGAUAUGAUGAUUGGCUCUCGUAGAUACUCUAGAGUGAUAAUGCUUCCCCAUAACAGAGUCCAGCAUUACACUACACCUCUAGGCCUGUUGAAAAUGCACUUGAUUUUUUAUCAAACAGUGCCCUGACAUGUGAUCUUGGUUAUGGUGAUGAAAUUUUUAGCUCAUCAGUUUUUCAAAGAGAAAAUGUGUGAGAAUUGUCAUAGGACUAUACAUUACUGUAUCAUAGGACUAUACAUUACUGUAGGCCCAUACACUACUGUAGGACCAUACACUACUGUAGGCCCACACACUACUGUAGGACCAUACACUACUGUAUGAUAGGUUCAAACACAACUAUAGGACCAUACAGUAUGGUAGACCCAUACCCUUCUGUAGGCCCAUGCAGUACAGUAGGACCAUACAGUAAGGUAGACACAUACCCUUCUGUAGGCCCAUGCAGUACAGUAGGACCAUACAGUAUGGGAAGCCCAUACACUAUUGUAGGCACAUACACUAUUGUAGGCCCAUACACUAUUGUAGGCCCAUACACUAUUGUAGGCACAUACACUAUUGUAGGCCCAUACACUAUUGUAGGACCUUACAAUAUUGUAGGACCUUGUACUACUGUAGGACCUUACACUACUGUAGGACCUUACACUACUGUAGGACCUUAUUGAAGUACCUUACAGUACUGUAGGACCUUACACUAUUGAAGGACUUUACAGUACUGUAGGACCUUACACUAUUGAAUGACUUUACAGUACUGUAGGACCUUACACUAUUGUAGGACCUUACACUUUUGAAGGACUUUAUAGUACUGUAGGACCUUGCACUACUGUAGGACCUUGCACUACUGUAGGAUCUUACACUAUUGAAGGACCUUACACUAUUGUAGGACCUUACACUACUGUAGGACCUUACACUAUUGUAGGACCUUACACUAUUGUAGGACCUUAUUGAAGGACCUUACACUACUGUAGGACCUUGCACUACUGUAGGACCUUACACUACUGUAGGACCUUGCAUUACUGUAGGAUCUUACACUAUUGAAGGACCUUACACUAUUGUUGGACCUUGCACUACUGUAGGACCUUACACUAUUGAAGGACCUUACACUAUUGUAGGACCUUACACUACUGUAGGACCUUACACUUUUGUAGGACAUUACACUAUUGUAGGACCUUAUUGAAGGACAUUACACUACUGUAGGACCUUGCACUGCUGUAGGACCUUACACUAUUGAAGGACUUUACAGUAGGCCUAUACACUACUGUAACACUGUACAGAACCGUAGGACCAUACAUAAUGGCAGAUUCAUACACUACUGUAGACCCACACAGUACUAUGCAGUACCAGUAGGACAAUACACUAUAGUAGGCCCACACAGUACAGAAGGACCAUAAAAAAACAGUAGGACCAUACACUCCUGUAGGACCAUGUACUACUGUAGGACCAUACACUUCUGUUGGACCAUACACCACUCUAGGACCAUACACUACUGUAGGACAAUACACUAUUGUAGGACCUUUCACUACUGUAGAACCAUACACUUCUGUAGGACCAUACACUACUGAAGGACCAUACAAUACAUUAGGACCAUACAGUAUGGUAGGACCAUACACUACUGUUGGACCAUACAUCACAGUUUGACCAUACAGUGUGGUAGGAUCAUACACUACUGUAUGACCAUACACUACUGCAGGACCAUACAGUACAGUAGGUCCAUACACUAUUGUAGGACCAUACACUUCUGAAGGUCCAUACACUAUUGUAGGACCAUACAGUACAGUAGGUCCAUACACUAUUGUAGGCCCAUACACUUAUGUAGGUCCAUACACUACUGUAGGACCAUACAGUACAGUAGGUCCAUACACUAUUGUAGGUCCAUACACUACUGUAGGACCAUACAGUACAAUAGGUCCAUACACUAUUGUAGGACCGUAAUAGUAUGGUAUGCCCAUAUGCUUCUGUAGGACAAUACACUACUGUAGGACCAAACAGUACAGUAGGUCCAUACACUACUGUAGGACCAUACAGUAUGGUAGCCCCAUACACUACUGUAGGACCAUACAGUAUGGUAGGCCCAUACACUAUUGUAGGACCAUACAGUAGCGUAGGACCAUACAGUAUGGGAAGCCCAUACACUUUUGUAGGCCCAUACAGUAUGUAGUGUAUGGACCUACUGUACUGUACCAUACAUUACAGUAUUUCCAUACACUAUUGUAGGACCAUACAGUAUGGUAGGCCCAUAUACUUCUGUAGGACCAUACACCACUGUAGGACCAUACAGUACAGUAGGUCCAAACACUAAUGUAGGACCAUACACUACUGUAGGACCAUACAGUAUAGUAGGAUUAUACACUAUGGUAUAAGCCUUUAAUUUCAUGAGGGUUAUAUGUAUUACUUAUAUUUUCAGUGCCACAAAUGCGUCUUUUUUAAUUAAAAACUAAAAGAUAUAUCAGAAACCUAAAAGUGUGUACCGAUGUUUUUUUAUUUAUUUCUUCAACUUUGUGUUCAUUUUUAAAACAGCUUCAAGUUCAAUUCAUGGAAUUUGUAGUAAACUUAAGAAACUGUGUCACUUGAAUUAUUUCAAUUAAUGACUAAAAUCUUAGUUGAAACAGGCCCCAGUAUUGUUAACAAGAGUUUGAAAUACUCUUCAAACGAAUACUGACUCCACUGAAAAUGUCUGUUAAACAAAAUUGUUGUGAUACUUUUUUUGCAUAAUAAAAAUUGCAUAUUUUUAAACAAUUGAUGAGGGUAGUGGAAAGAAGAAAUAAGGUUUUUAGCCCAAAAUCAGCAUUACUUCCAUCACUAUGAUUAUCAUUGUAUGAAUAAGGUAAUAAGACUUAUAGUUAUGUCCUUGACAUACUUUCUACAUUAGAACUACAAUCAUAUGGAAUACCUCAUUUGUUUCAUUUAUUACUCAUCUGUGUAUUUUAAAUGUUUAACAAUCUUGCUUCUUGAAUUACGUUGAUUUACAUACCAUGGUUUUUAUACUCCCAUUUAAAAAAACAACAAGACAUUAGUUUUACCUGCACCUUACUAGCGAUAAGGCUCUCGGCACCCAGUAUGUUGUCCGCUCUAUAGCUUAAGAAUUAUUUUUCUUGCAUACCGGACAUGUGUUUCCGGUCAUGUGACCAGUGCUGGAAAAACCCAUCUUACAUACCCCAUAUAAGAUGAGUCACGCGCAACAACGCGCCACUUCUUAUUUCUUUUGUUGUAUGAUUUAUGAAAAGUAUAUUAUGCCAUUUCAAUUAAGCGCAAUCAAAUAUAUAUGUAAGCAAUACUUUUAAUUAAAAUUGAAAAUAAAUAAUCGUAAAAAAAACGCUAUAUUUUUAGUUAUUUAAAAUUACUGCGCUCUAUGAGGUCAUUAAACAACGUCGCACACGCAUUUUGGUGUAAAUGUACAAAAGUUUGUUUUCUACGUCAUUUUUUCCACAAAUUGAUAAAUUUAGAUAUAUGCAAGAAAAAAUAUCAGUCAUGUUUUUCAGGUCCGGAUCGAAAAAUCAGACCCUCGGGCACGCUGCGUGGCCGGUAACUCGGCAAGCCUCGUUACCGGCUUACGCACAUGCCCUCAGGUCGGAUUUUUCUAUCCGUACCGGAAACACAUGACUUAUAGUCCAGUCAUCACCAAUUCGGUCAGAAUGUGUAUUGGCAUAAUGUCUUGGACAAGUUUGAUAACCAGCCAUAUUGCUGUAUUCACUCUUGAGUUAUUGCCUGUAAAAUAUAGAAAAUACCUAAAAUUGGUCUUGUGAGCUCAAUAACUUUAGAAGCUUAUGUCCAACAAAGUGAAUAACCAGACUUAUCUCUUGAGUCAUUUGAGAGUUAUUGCCCUUUAUUUAUAAAAACUACCUAAAAUUGGUCUUGUCUGAUCAAGCAUUUGUCCAAUCAUCACCAUGAACAAGUUCAUUAACCAGCCUUAUUGCUUCAGUGACUUAAAAGUAUUCAACCCUUUAAUUAUAUAAAUGAUCUAAAAUUAUCUAAAAUCAGUCUUGUCCGAUCAACUACUUUAGAAGCCUUUUUCCAAUCAUCGCCAGAUUUGAUCAGAAUACAUUGGUCAUGUUUGAUAACCAGCCAUGUUGCCUCAGUCAGCUUGAAUUGAUAAAAAUGUCUUUACAGUGUCCACUCUCUGAAUUUGGCUUCAUGUACAACACCUCAUCACCAAACAUUGCGUCCUAAAAUUAGCAGGCGUAUUUUGUGACAGUUGGCACUCUUGUUAUGCUUUUGAAUGAACAUUUGCAUGUAGUACUCACACUGUCUGUCCAUCUACAAAAAAAUUUGCAAGCACACUUACUCAAGAACAGUUGUUUUUUGUUUGUUUUUUGUUGUUUUUUUUAAAUUGGUGGGGGUGGGAGUGGGGGGGUACUAGGUCAAAGCUUACAUUCAAGACUCACAAAUAUUCAAGAACAGUUUGGUCUAUGACCUUGAAACUUCAAUGGUAGUUGUCAUUGACCAGCAGAUGACCCCUAUCGAUUUUGAGGGCAGUAGGUCAAAGGUCAUUAAUCAAUGCAUCUUUUCUAACACCUCAAUUGAAUCAUCUUCUACAUGUUUCUGACAAAGAAAUGCUGAGGGGGCGGAAUGUUUGACAAACAUCUCUAUUGUUGUUGUUUUUAUUUUUGACACCUUAACAUCUAAACAAUACAAUAUAAUGUUAUGUAGUGAAAUUUUAGCAAUAGAAGGUUUUUUUUGUUAGCAUACAAUAUUUUAAGUUUAAUUUUGGGUUGCUAUAUGACUUAGUCACAUGACUAAAGUAGAGAUUUCUUUCACAGAAGGCUGUUUCUCGAAACAAGUAUAUAUUUUGUUUGCUGAGAGAUAUUUGUGUUUUGUCUAUGUUGAAUAUUGUAAUGUUUCUCAUUUGUUUGUGUUUAUUUCUUGUAACUGAGCUCUCAUUCUAGAGAGAAAUACUAUUUUCAAGUACAUAAUUAAUAGUACCAGUACUAUUUUGAAUUAUCUAUGAUUUGUGCAAUAUAGACAUAACUACACUACCAACCACACAUUUUUUGCAGAUUUUGCUAUGUGCCGCAAUUGUUCCUUACCACGAACUGUUCAAUCUAUUUUUCAUGAUACCCCACAAUAUAAGCAUAUCACACAUUUAUUACUAUAACUGGCUCACGUCCCCCGCGUCAAGUCAGUGCAGCUCUGCAAAGUGUUGAUUAAUGAAAUAAAGGAAGAUGUUUUCAAUUUUUUUAAUGCUAUUCCUUUGCAAUAUACUUACAUGUUGUAGCCUUACCCGAUAUACUUAUACUUGACAAUGAUAUAGCAUAAACAUUGAUAAAUACAUUACACCCAAAACAUGUUACCUUUUAAAGAUUUUCAGAAAAUCUGAUUGAGAAUGACUGGGGUCAAACAUGCUUUCAAAAUUCACAGCACUUGGUUGAAGGCCUUCUUGCCUCGUUUUCUGUGGAAAAUUCCCCAAAUUGUCACUAGCUAUUUAUAACCACCAAUUAUUAAUAUCAUAUAAUUAUAUGCUACAUUAUAUUGAUCCUGCACAUGAUGUAUUAACAGUUCAGAGUGGUGGAAAAUGUCGGCUGUUUGACAAUGAAAUACAGAGGAAAUAUAUCAAUGAUUCAAUGCUUAUUAUUAACAAGUCAAGACAAUGUUUAUUUGGCAUUUACACACACAUAUAAAAACAAAAUUGCUGUUAAGAACAUUAUGCGACUAACAAUGUACAUAAGGAUAAAAACAAAUAACUUCUGCACAAGAAAUAAUUAUUUCUUGCUUAUCUCAUCAGACGCUGAGUUCCGCCGCAGGGUCAUAAAAUAGGAAGAGGUGGCAGCAGAUGAAUGUGGUGGUACGCGAACGUCCCUUUGGCUACCACAGAAUAUAUCCCCAAGAUUUACCACAAUGACACAAUCUCUCAUGCGCCGGCAAUGCGUAUUUUGCAAAAAAUGGGUGGUUGGAAGUGUACAUGUACAUAGUUAAAAUACAUUAUGCCAUCUCUGUAAAAAUGUACAGUAAAUGAUUAAAUGCUCUGUAUAUCAGAAAGUUAUUUAUUUUUAAAUGUUUUGUAUGUGUAUAUAACAGUUUUAGAGACAAUGAUUCCUAUAUUGUUUGCAUAUUUUGAAAAAUGUCCAUAUUUAAAGAAUUUUUCGACUUUCAUUUAUUUUUUUAUAUGUUUGCCUUACUGUGGGCAUUCAUAGAAUCAGGACCCCAUUUUAAUAAAGGAUCUUAGGUGUAACUUCAAACAUCUUAUAUUGGUAUUCAAAAUUGUUGGUAUUUCCCAGAAUGUUUUCCCGAAUUCAGUUAUACACUUAUAGAGGGAUUAAAGAGUUAUUAUACCCCCACAAACGAAGUUUGAGGGGGUAUAUAGGAGUGAGCUUGUCGGUCGGUCUGUCUGUCGGUCUGUCGGUUUUCAUGGUUUCCGGACGAUAACUCAUGAAAGGCUGGACAGAUUUAAACAAUUUUUGGUACACAGGUGUAACAUCAGAAGAUACAGGUCAAGAUCGAUAUUGGGGCUGGUGGGGCCAAGGUCAAGGUCACUGUUACUAAAAAUAGAAAAACGGUUUCCGGACGAUAACUCAUGAAAGGCUUGACAGAUUUGAACAAUUUUUGGUACACAGGUGUAACAUCAGAAGAUACAGGUCAAGUUCAAUAUUGGGGCUGGUGGGGCCAAGGUCAAGGUCAUUGUUACUAAAAAUAGAAAAAUGGUUUCCGGACGAUAACUCAUGAAAGGCUUGACAGAUUUGAACAAUUUUUGGUACACAGGUGUAACAUCAGAAGAUACAGGUCAAGUUCGAUAUUGGGGCUGGUGGGGUCAAGGUCACUGUUACUAAAAAUAGAAAAACGGUUUCCAGACGAUAACUCAUGAAAGGCUAGACAAAUUUGAACAAUUUUUGGUACACAGGUGUAACAUCAGAAGAUACAGGUCAAGAUCGAUAUUGGGGCUGGACGGGCCAAGGUCAAGUUCACUGUUAAUAAAAAUAGAAAAACGGUUUCCGGAUGAUAACUCAUGAAAGGCUAGACAGAUUUGAACACUUUUUGGUACACAGGUGUAACAUCAGAAGAUACAGUUAGGUACACAGGUGUAACAUCAGAAGAUAUAGGUCAAGUUCGAUAUUGGGGCUGGUGGGGCCAAGGUCAAGGUCACUGUUACUAAAAAUAGAAAAACCGUUUCCGGACGAUAAAUCAUGAAAGGCUUGACAGAUUUGAACAAUUUUUGGUACACAGGUGUAACAUCAGAAGAUACAGGUCAAGUUCGAUAUUGGGGCUGGUGGGGCCAAGGUCAAGGUCACUGUUACUUAAAAUAGAAAAACGGUUUCCGGACGAUAACUCAUGAAAGGCUAGUUUUUCUUGUCAGCAGUGUAACUUCUAAAUUACUCAACAGAUUUAAAUAAAACAAUACAUGCAUGAUAAAAGAAGAUGCAGUGUGCAGUAACCUUUGAGUUAUGGCCUCUUUUCAAAGGAAUGGUUUGCCAUUCCUGUGUCCAGGCGGCCUUUGUGGGUAUUCGUCACUCCUGUGACAGCUCUAGUUAAUCGUUAUACACACAUCGAGGGAUUAAAGAGUUAAUAAUCGUUAUACACACAUCGAGCGAUUAAAGAGUUAAUAAUCGUUAUACACACAUCGAGGGGUUAAAAAUUUAAUAAUUAUUAUACUUAUCGAGGGGUUAAAGCGAGAAAAAGGAUCUAUCUGCUGGCUUAUUUUUUGUCACUUAGAACCUUUUCACACUCACCCCUCCCCCUAUUAUUCAGGGUUAAAUGUAGAUAUUUUACCCUGCAGAGGUUGUCUGGAAAGUUCAUGCAAAAACAAUGUGGUUGUUCUGUCUGUUGAUAAAGAAGAAUAUAUGUUUAAGAGCAAUAUAUAUAUAUAUAUGCAGAAAGCUACUAAAAAAAAUUAAAUUGAUUCUGUUGUAUGGAUAAAUAAUGGUAAAAUGGUUUAAAAAAGGUGGUUUUGUGAAAAAUCAAUCUCCUUAAAAUCAGAAAUUGCAUCAUGAUGUCAUGCUAUGAGAACACAGCAAAAUGAAAUAUAGCAAACUUUAUGAUAUGACUUAAAUGAGAUUGGUGAAAGAAUAGCAAAAGAGUUGGCUAACUGUUGGAAUUUCCAGAUUUCCUUAAUAACACUAGACCGCACAUUUAAUAAUAUAUCUUACUCUGCAUUCUUUGUAAAAAUGUAAGCAUCAAAUAUAGUGUCAUUCACUAACCUGGGUUGAGUUUACCAUAGUUUGUUUCGCAUCACUGUUGCUCAAAUUACAGAAACCCCCUGAAUAUACAAGGUGGAUAAAGUCUUAUCGCCUGAAUAGAUAAUGUUAUAUAUCUUUGUUAUGUUUUCAUCUUGCUUUAAAUUAAUCUGUACAUGUACAUACUCUUGUGAUAUUUGUAUAUACCAAACUACAUAGACGAUAAUUGUUUGUUCCAGUGUAAGAUAAAACUAUAUAUUUCAUCGAGAACCAAAAGUUAAAUUUAAUUGGGUGACAAGUGAAAUAUUUAUUUUUGGUGGAUAUGAUAUGAAAUAAAUUGGGAUCUUAAACUGAAACAAACAAUUUUUAUUUUUAAAGUAUGCUUAUAAUUCAUUAAAAGUUGUUAAAUUUC